ACGGUAUUGUUUUGCAGACGGACCAGGCUCACGCUGCUUUAGCAGUUGGUGAUGUGUAGAUUUCAUUCGGUUAUAUCAAACGAUAGGCGCUUCAGUAUCACAGUUAAAGAAACAAUAUGGCAGAACCCAGGGAGUUGAAGCUGGAGUUUACUCUGAAAGAGCUCACUCUCUCCAGUCCGACGGAAAACGCGGACGUACCCGGCAGUUCUUCCACCGUGGAGAUGAAGGAUAUCAAACUGAUUUGUGUGGAGUAUCCAGCCAUGGUGACCAGUGUGGAGAGGAUGCUGGAUACUCUGGGGGGUGAAAAAACAGUGUCAAAAACUUUCAAACACCCGAACAGACGUCUUGAGAUGCGUUACCGCCCUAAGGACCCCUUCUGCCACUCCCUGUGUGGAAACCGCUUUCCAUCGAGCAACCUGCUCCUCAGAGUGCGGCGACGGGUUAGAAAAAACGACCCGAAGGAUGCUGAGAUCCACAUGGAAGUUGUUGGAGUUAUCGGAACGACAUACAAAUUUCAAGGGAUGGCAGACUUUCAGUAUCUGGCCAGGCAUUCAGAAGAAGGAAAAGACAUGUCUUUGUAUGACAAAAUCAUCCUUCGCAAAUCAGAGAAUCAAGAGUUCUUUGAGAAGCCCAUGCCUUACUUUCUACCACCAGCUGCCUUCUCACGCCUCGACAGUCCUGUGGAUUAUUACUACCGACCAGAUGUCUUUCAGAACACAAUGCCCAUCAGCAGGUCAAACGUUAUUGGUUUGAAUCGAAAUCGCAGGCCCCACAACGCUAUUUUCCUGAGUUUUAAUGAUCACACAGUACCCACUGAGAGCCUGGAGGCAGCCAGGAAGAACUGGGCACGAGUCUGUGUGAAGGAGCAUGACAAGCAGGUGGAACAACAAAUCAAACAGAUGUUUGAGAGCCGGCCCAUCUGGUCACGGAAUGCAAUCAAGGCCAACAUCAGCAUCCACCCUGAGAAACUGAAACUGCUGCUGCCCGUCUGCGCCUACUACAUGGUGACAGGACCGUGGAGAAGUCUGUGGGUGAGGCUUGGCUAUGACCCCAGGAAGGACAAGGAGGCAAAGAAAUACCAGCUACUGGACUUCAGGAUCCGCUGCAGCACCAAACAUGGGUAUUCAUCAUCCGACAUGCCAGUUAAAGCCAAGAGGAGUGCUCUUUACUACAGUCUGCCUAUCACUUUCAACAAAGCAGGUCCUCAUGUAGCGAGUGUGACAAAACUUUCAGCUCACGAGGGUCCAAGCAGCAGUCGAGAUCAAGCACCAAUAUCGUACCAGCUGAAGGAGUCGGCUUACAUUUUCAAAGAAGGCAUGCUGCCUCCACACAGACAGAUGUUUUACCAGCUGUGUGACUUGGAUGUGGAAAGUAUCAAACAGGUGAUUCAGAAGAAAGGUAAUGAAGUGUGUGACGAGCGAGAUGGCUGGUGUCCGGUUGGGACCACGGACAAGCUGAGGGACCUGAUCUCAGGCAUGAUCAAGAAGUUCAUCAAAGCACAGAAACCACCAAUGCCAGAACUCCCAAAGAAACGCAGACUUAAAGGCAUAAACAGAAAACCUCCAAAUGCAGACUCAGAGGAGGAGCUGCAGGACGAUGAGAAGGAGGAUGAUGAAGAUGAUGAUGAUGAUGAGUUUCAGCCGUCUGAGGGGAGUGAAAAUGAGAUGGAGACAGAAAUGCUGGAUUAUAUCUAACAUGAGAAGGACAUUUGUAGACUGUUUGUACUUAAAUUAGGGAUGCUCCAAUUACGAUUUUUCCUUUGCUGAUACAGGCACAGUUCAUCUGACUGAGACUGAAGGAUACUGAUUAUAUUUUCUGGUUUGAUAUAGCAGCUGGUUUAGCGGUUGGUCACUCUACUGAGCCUUGUAGUGCACUAGGACCUCCAACAGGUGGCAGUGUAACCUGAUGAAAGAAUCCUUAUAAAUUUAACUAUGCUUUUACUCAAUUGUUCAACAGAGCAGUACAGAAAUGUCCCAAGAAGCAAUGCAACAAGUAUCCUACUGUAGGAUCACUGCUGAUUCAUUAAUUACAUGUGGCAUCUCUAGUGUAUAUUGCAGUUUUUUUCAAAGGUGAUAGUCUGAAAAACAAUUUUGUGGUAAAUGUAAAUAAAAUUCUAAAUAUUUCUUGUA